UGUGAGGUUGUGCACGGGUACAGACGGACAGAGCAAGCAAUUCCACUUAACUUGGACAUCGGCGACUCUCCAGGAGCCACCACACCAUGAAGCCGUCUUCAUGGUACGCCUCCACGCUUGUGGUGGCAUUUCUCUACCUUUACGUGUUGGCUGUCCAGUAUAUCCGCGCCGAGGAGCUGCAAGCUGAGAGGGGUUCGAGCCAGAUCACUUUCCAUGACGGAACUAGCGUUGAUUCUGCAUACACAGCAGAUCCUUCUGGUUCCUUGAGAUCGGUAGGAGUCGGAAGCAUUGCUGAUUCAUACACCAACGAAAAGCAAGGUGCUUCGCUUCACUCUGUGGGUAUAGGCAGCACAGUAGAUGUGUCCCCGAGCCUGUACCCCGGUAGCGCUGGUGGCGACAGAGAAAGUGGUAUCGAAAGUUCUUCUACCGCAGGUGGAAGGCCGGGUGUUAUUUCGUAUUUCAAUGAUGAAAGUAAAUCUACUGAACUGUACAAUCCUGAGGGUGCAGGAUCUCUUCGUGCAGUUGGAAAUGUUGGCUUAGACCGUGCCGUUGGAAACAGUUACCGCCCUGGUUAUUCUUAUGAUCCAAGUUACAACAAUCACAACCAGUUUUACGGUGGAAGCGAUUCUCUACCUGCUGCUACAGGAAACAUCAACUCCCAUCAUCAGGAUGGGUCCUAUGUUUUGGACUUUAAGUACCACAACUAUGACAAGCUGACCAAGUUCCUGAGGACAACUUCAUCCAAGUUCCCUAACCUCACAGCAUUGUAUUCCAUCGGCAAAUCUGUCCAAGGUCGAGACCUCUGGGUUAUGGUAGUAUCAGCAUCUCCAUAUGAACACAUGAUUGGAAAGCCAGAUGUGAAAUAUGUUGCCAACAUGCAUGGAAAUGAAGCUGUCGGCAGGGAGUUGAUGCUCCAUCUCAUUCACUACUUAGUGACAAGCUAUAACAGUGACAGCUAUAUCAAAUGGCUACUGGACAACACUAGAAUCCACAUUCUUCCUUCAAUGAAUCCAGAUGGCUUUGAAGUGGCCAGAGAAGGACAGUGUGAUGGUGGUCAGGGCAGAUACAAUGCACGGGGGUUUGACUUGAACCGGAACUUUCCAGAUUACUUCAAACAAAAUAAUAAACGUGGUCAGCCAGAGACAGAUGCAGUCAAAGAAUGGAUUUCUAAGAUCCAGUUUGUCCUAUCUGGAGGACUACAUGGUGGUGCACUGGUUGCCAGUUAUCCUUUUGAUAACACACCUAACUCCAGAAUGUGCAAAUCAUCUCCACUUUGCGCAGUAUUCCACAGUUAUGCAUCAACACCUUCGCUGACUCCAGAUGAUGAUGUGUUUAAACACCUGGCACUCACUUACUCCAAUAAUCAUCCUGUUAUGAGUCAUGGAAAAGCGUGCAAAGCUGGCACACCUUCCUUCAAUCAGGGCAUUACAAAUGGAGCAGCAUGGUACCCCCUCACAGGUGGAAUGCAAGACUUCAACUAUGUAUGGUAUGGCUGCAUGGAAAUAACGCUUGAGCUUUCAUGCUGCAAAUAUCCUCCUGCAUCAGAGCUUCCCAAGUUCUGGGAAGAAAAUAGAAUGUCACUUGUUAAAUUCCUGGCAGAAGCGCACAGAGGUGUCCAUGGAUUUGUAAUGGAUGAGAAUGGCAAUCCAGUAGAAAAAGCAUCACUCAAAGUCAAAUCACGUGAUGUUGGGUUUCAAACAACCAAGUAUGGAGAAUUUUGGAGGAUUUUGUUGCCUGGGAUCUAUAAAUUAGAGGUUUAUGCUGAUGGCUAUCUGCCACGUGAAAUGGAUUUCAUGGUAGUAGAACAGCACCCAACUCUCCUCAAUGUGACCCUUCAUCCUGCUAAGCUAGAUGACACAACAGCAAUCCCCAAAGAAAAAACAUUACCAGUUGAUGGGUCAAUUGUCUUCCCCAUAUCUUAGACACAAACAGUAGUAUCAGUUUAAGUCUCUGCAGUGUCGUCAGGAUGGUUACUACCAUCCACAGCAGCAACAUGGCUAUUAUCACCGUCCCCAGGGAGUGCCUAUCAACAAACCAAAUGAAAAUGG